CGAACAAUGACCCCUAUCGAUGUGCUUGAACACCAAACAGUUUUACCCGUCUUAGAUAUGGAUAAGCUGGUGCCUCUUCCCCCAAAUCCGUAUGGACUCCAUGCGCAGUAUACAUGAUGCAUAUGACCCAUGUAUCAUCUUCGAAGGUCGAGCUCCCAACCUCAAGUCCCAACCACCGGCCUGGUAUGCGCGAGACUUGGCUAUUUGCUAACCCAUGCGCUGGUCGCCAGCGGACGUGACCACAUUGGGAAUGAAAUCCUUAGCUGUACCGACGAUGUCAUGCUUGUCGACCUUGCAAAACAUUACGGAGAUCAUCUACUAAUCUGUUACUUCGAGACUACCCAUGAUGCGACCCAUGUAUCGUCCGAGGACUGUUCAAGUCCGUCAUCUGACAAGGUUCAGGAAACGUCGGGAUAUUCGCAUCGGGAGAAGCAUCACGGGCGGCAAAACUCCAGGCCCUCGCUCGUGAUGAAUAUCGCUGCCUCAUCAAUGGGGGUUACGAGUGGAGGAGCUACAAAGAAGACCCCAAAACAAAGUGCGGGGUUGCAAAGGCUUCCGCCCAGGGCGUUCGAGUGGUCCCCACUGAGGCUCUUCAUAUUUUCCCUCCAACGAAAUGAUUUUUGGUGAUGAUGAAGGAUGUCCAAAUCAUGACUAUACUACAUCGGUAUCAUAGAGCGUUUUGGAGGGAUUGCGAUGACCGAAAAACUCCAGGGUGCUAACAUCCAUUAUCUUGACGAUUGGGAUGGACAUCCGCUGUUUUUUUUGAUGAACUCCUCGUUUGGUUCGAGGAAGAUGCGGUGCGUUGUGCGGGGGGUGGAUGACUGAUUGACGCUCCAACUACUAUAGACCAUACCAAAUAUAGAUAUCAUAUUGGC